GUCAUUCGGGAACAAGCCGAAGAAGUGACAAACAGUCGUCUGCUUUCUCCUCCUAGGACCUCGCGGUGCAAAGCGCGGACUCGACGUUUGUAUGAUCAUCGAACACUGUGGUGUACAAGCAGCACUAGCAGAGGAGUAGUUGCAGGCAGCACUACGAUGACUACAUCAACGCCAAACAGCGACGAGGGAAAAAAAACAGGGGAAGUAACUCCAGUGUCUGUACUUCGUUGACAAAUUUGACUUUUUUAUUGCGCCUGGUCAGGUCUGGCUUUUAAUGCUGGGUAUGUUAUGGGCUUCGUCGGCAUCGUCAAUACUAGCAUCAGCUGCUCGUCGCCGAAGGCAGGUUUGCACCAGACUGAUGUUUUCCUCUGCUGACAUUUUCUCUGGACCUGCGAUACUUCUGUGAAAGUGGACGUCCACAAGAUGUCUCAUUAAGGCGUAACAAAAACAAAAUAAGUAACUGAAUCAAUGGUAAAGAACAUAAAUAAUGUUUGUGUGGGUGAGAGCAUCUGUUCGUGCAAGACUCUAAUAACUUCCAUUGCUGACUUGAUUUGAGGGACUCUUGUACUUUCAUCGAUUUUGUGCAUCCCCGUGAGGAAUAGGAAGCCAGAGAAAGAGAUUUCGAAGGAAUUGCUUUUCUCGGGUGGUAUAAAUGUUUCUGAAAGAGGACCAAAAAGCAAGAGAUAAGAAGAAAGAUGAGGUACCGACUGGUUACGCUUUUCCCCUUGACGAUUCUUAUUUGUAGCAUACUAUAUGCCAGGAGACUGGCAAGCAUUUCAGACCUGUUUAGUGCUACAAUCCGAGGAGCAGAAGAUCUUUCUAUAAAACACAAGAGAGAUUUUCUCCUAAAAAUCCCCUCAAAUGACCACUCGGACAGUUGCACUUUUUCGGAAGCAACCGAAGAGGAUUUCCGGAGUCUGCCCCACCAGGCCGGAGGGAAAUCUCACGAGGUUUCCUCCCCAACCGUCCACUGCCAUGUCAUCAGGGACUGUCCAAAGAUGGCGACUGUCCGAGUCACGUGUGUGUCGUAUUCCUGUAAAACGUUUGGACUGCGUUUUUCGAAAAAGCUUCAGAUGACGUCAGUGAGUGUCGAGGAGAUCUCGCGAGAGAUUGAGAUGGCGAUGGAGAACAAACUUUACUCGAUCGACAGUGUCCAGGACUACAUGUCUGCGAUCUGUCUUGAUGGCACGGCAAAGCAGACGACCGUGGAGAUCGCCCUUCACGGUGUCUCUCCCGCCGUAUGUCGAAAGGGAAUAGAGAACAAGCCUUUGGUGUCUGGAAAUGAGCAAUCGAAGAAAAAUAUCCAUUUUUUCUUCCUUCCGGUAUUUGUCGCAGUCAGAAAUGGAAACCCGACUGCCAGGAAUCUUUUCCUUACUCCAGUUCGUCCGCACGAUCGGUGGCUCUAGCCUCCACUUUAAGAAACAUCAGGCUACGACCUGGAGGGAGAUAGAGAAUCUUUCCACCUUCUUGCUUGGACCUAGUCAUCCUUCUGAGCCAUAUUCCUCUUUUUUGAAAGAUUUAAUCGAUUCAGGGUACUGCCUUCGACUGGAGGAUCUCUCUUGCAUCAGUUUUCCCGAAAAAGAGCAGCUGUUCUCCAAACUCAUUUCUGACUCCAAAAAUGUUUGUGGCCGAAAGCCGCUGAACCAGCGAGAACUCCGUCUGGACAUGCUUUGCUCAGAAGGAAAUUUGACAGACAUUGGACUACCACAAUGCAUUGACAUCACUAGUUGCCGAUGUUCACGGUGUGACUGAAAAUGGAAACCUGUUGCAACCCCUGGCAUCGGCAACAUUUUUCAAUGCAAAGCAUUUCAAAAACCCACAGGUUCUCGAUUUAGCCUUAAGAAAUGUGAUUUCCAGUUUGCUGUCGUUUAAAGAAAAUAUUGUCAUUAUUCUUAGCGAUGUUGGUUCCCCAAACCUGCUGAGGCUGGACCAGCCUGUAAGACUUCAAACUCAAGCAUCCAACCCACUAUUUGCAAUCAUGUCGUCAACAAAUCUGUCUCCAGCCUCCCUCUUUUCUGCCGAACAACUCGCGAAAACAAUUUUCUCUUUACGCGAAGUGUUCUUCUUCCUUAAAAACAUAACUCAACACGAGAAAAUGGCAAACUACAGUCUCCGUAGCCAGCUGGAGCUUGUAGCUCCCCUGAACAAAUCGAUACAAGAUUCAAGGGAGGCUACUUGUGCUAAACUUCAGGUGCAGCCCCCAUUAAUAUGUCUUUGUGAAAGGGAGAGCAUUAGCUAUGCCAAUGACACGGUAAUGGUGGGUUUUGCAGAAGUUCUGGUCGGUCUUAUUAAUGCCAGACUUCGUAAGGGCUUUCCAAGACAUGAUCAGCCAAGCCGGUUUUCAGGAUGUUCUCAAGUCGUAGGCGUGUCCUUCUCUGAAGUCAAAAUGCGCCAUGUUUCGAACCGGAAGGUGAUCACCAUGGAGCUUGUUAUGACCCUUGAAGGUUCAAACGAGAGAAUAACUCGCCGUGCACUUAUGGUCGUUUGGGAUUUGGAUAAAAUCGCUAAAGUAGAUUUUCGUCUGACAAAAUUUAGCAACACUAUCGAAAACGAGGCUGAAAUGCUUUCCUCGGCGAGUCUUGAACCCCAGAUUGAGGCUCUGUGUCAAAUCAAGGUUGACCUUCUUUCGCACACCGCUGCCGAGAAAACACUUUUACAGCGGCUGAAGCAGACGAAACAUUUUGGGGUCAAGCCAGCAGUCAUCCAUAUGCACGACAACUGUCUCUACCUUGUGCUCAGAGACUUUGGAGACAGUGUCAGCGUCCACACCAGCAACAUCUGCCGCGACCGUCAGUAUGACGUCAUGCUCCAUUUAAGCUUGGUCAACAUGGCGGCCCUGGUCCCGUUGCCCAUCUACGCUUCUGUUGGGCAUGCCCAAACCGCGUUUUUGGUUGUUAUUGUCAAAAUUUCCUACACCAUGACUACGUUUGCAUACAAAUUGCAUCCAGACUUUAAUGUUUCGUACGACAAAUAGAAUUAGGAGGUUACAUUAUUUUUUUAUGUGAUUUUCAGUUUGCAAUGAGUACUGUUAUAUUUUUGAGUAUGCAUGUUGUGCUUUGCUUGAGAGUUUUUCUGAACGUAGGUAAAAUAUGUGUUCAUUUGCAGCAGUUUGGUUUUAUUCCUUAAAAAAAAAAAGACUCAGAAUGAGAUUGAGUGUACGACUGAUGAAAAAGCAGACUUCUAGAGGGCUUUCAAAAAAAAUAUUUUCUGCAUCUGUACUGCUUAUAUUGAACUCCUUCCACAUUAUGAAAUACAUGUACGCAUGCAUGUUUACACCCUCACACACACAAUUUUUUUAUCUUUUCUUUUAUUUCGCUUUCCUUUCUUUUCUUACUCUUUUUCUUUAUUCCUGUCAUUUUUUACUUUCCACUUUUACUUAUUUUAUUUCAUUAUCUGUCAUUCCAGUUAGAUAAGGAAACCUUUGUAUUCAUUAAUUCGUUUUAGAUUAAAUAUAAAAUAAAUUCAAAACCCCUUACUGUUUUUCAUAGCUUCAUUUUUUAAGGUAAGCAGUUGAUAAUUACAGCAUUUGUUGAAUGGGGUUAGUCUCGUCUGCUGAUUUCGUUAUAAAACACAACCAACCAACCAGCCAGACAGCCAGUCACGUUCAUGCAAAACAUUUUCCUCCUUGAAUGAUGUGAAGCGCAGGUUGUCUCCCACGUGACGUAGUCGCUAACGACCCAAAAUAUUCGGCAACACACUGAAGGUGUCCCAUUAGGGGGCUAAGGUUUGACCCGCAUCUUCGACCCAACCGUCGUAGCAAUAUGGCGUGAAUAUUUCCCCCAGUAAAUUACAUUGCUGAGAGUUUUUAUCUUUCCCCUGGCUCCCAUUGUCUGCAUCUGCAGAGGAGUUCUGUUGGGCUUGUGUGAAGCAGUUCCUGUCUCCUGAGCUGCGAUUUGAUAUAGAAAAAAAAAUGUAUGAAUUUUCAUGAAUUCUUGUCUAUGAGUUUGUAAUUAUACGUUUGCAAUUAUAUGAGUGUGUAUGUAUGAGUUUGCACGAAUUCUUGUGUAUGCAUAUUGUUUGAGCAUGUACCCAUGGGAUAAAUAAGAAGAGAGAAAUAGA